AUGUUGGCUUUUGCUUUAGCAGCAAUUUUUCUCUGUCUCCUGGCGGAAGGACAUUGGGUUACGUCUUCAUCCCGCCCCAACGAUGCAUCAGAUCUUAUUGAAGCUCUUUUUGACUAUCUACUGAGUCUUUUGCGAUUUAUGCUGCCUGAGCCUUUGACCAUGAAUAAGUCGCCAAAAGGAAUGAUCAACGUAGAGAAUGCUAGCAUCUACGGUUUGAGUAAUGCCACUCGAGGUUGUCCUAUGGACUUGAACGUUUAUUCAACACCCGCAGCAGAUCACAUCAGUGGCAUACUUUGCAUUGACCUGAAGAAUUUCUUCAAAAUUGAUGCAAUUUUUCAAAUUUCAACUUUUUUCUACGAUUCAAACCCCAAUCCCUCGACUCUACAACUAUUCAACUUCAAAGUACGCCUCAACCUUACGUUGACCCUGCCCAAAAUUUAUCAGGAAAAUUCAGGAGCCCUGAUUAAACUUGACGGUAUUCCAACAGUAGAAAUAAGUAGACUGAAGUUUAUACAGCCUCCAGAUGCUGAUAUAAGCGAUGAUUUCGACUUUCUCACGGACUUAGCAGGUACCCUUUCUGCCGGACCACUCGGUGGCUACAUUGAGAUGAGAAUCGGGGAAGCUAUUCAGAAGGCCCUCAAAGAGUUGAACAAGUCACUGGAAAAGAAUGUGGCUAAACUUGCAAAACCACGUGGAUUAUAA